AUGCCAUCCACAUGCUGCAAAAGCAACCAGUCUGCUUCUCCCAUCAGUAGUCUCUCAUGUGAGGCUUCUGAGAUAUGUGGAAAAAAAGAUAUUUUCAGCAGCCGGCCACCCGUCAACUCCCGGUCCUCGCCAGGUCUCACCCAACGGCCGGUAAUCAAAGAAGAGCCAGGGGAAGCACAACAGGCCCGGAUGCAGCCCACGCAUAAGGCACCGGUCGUAAGUGCGCAACCGUUCGUCCCGAAAUGGCUUCAGAAGAGCGGGGGAGGUCAGGGAUCCAUUCCUGGUGUAGGUGGUCAGACCCAUUGA